AUGAAUGUGACGCAGUUCAUAGCUUCCAAUCGGGAGGCGCUCCUCAUCGGCGACUACAACUCCUACCGCGCCCAACUCUCCCGCCGACUUCUGGCCGCCCGCAAACGACUGGGCCGAGCAACCCACAAAAAGGACAAGUUUACAGUGAAGCCCAUSACCGCCGAGGACAUUGCCAGCAAUCAUGAGUUUGCCCAUCUUCUCCUCCUCACCGCGGAGCGGGCAUGGGCGCAUGCGAUGCACGUCAAGACCACCCAUACAGCGGACAAUGCCGGAAAGGGCAUCACAGGAUCCACCCGCAGCUACAUCAUUUCCCGCCUGAGCAAGGCCGCCAAGGUCGCGCGGGAAUUCACCGAGCUGUUGAAGGACACAUCUACGAGCAAGGCGAAUGGACAGGAUGUGCUCGAGGCGAGGGCAUAUCAAGCUUCAAUGGCUGGAGCAGAGGAGUUUGAGAAGCAGUCGGAGGGAGAGAGGCCGAGCGAUGGCCAGGCUGGUGAGCAGAGAUGGCAGGCCUGUCUACAAAGUUACUCGGAAGCGAGGGUCAUCUAUGCUGCGCUGCUGGAAAAGGAGAAGAAGGAUGUCUACAGGGACAUCUUGGCCAACACCAUCGACCCCACCAUCCGAUACGCCGCCUACCAAGCUCACAUCUCUCGGACCAUCCCCAUUCCUGCGGUUGCAAAGCGACACUUUCCCAAACGAGACCAGGAGCUUGUCAAGGCUGUGGAGGAACUCGAUGCUUAUGCGUUGAAGGAGAAGCCGGUACCCAAAACCGACGAGGAAGCACAGGCAGCUCCACAGGAAAUCCCCAAUAGUGUCACGUGGAGAGGUCGAAAAGCCAACAUUGUCGACGCAUCGAUUGGACAGGCAUUGGCAAACGUCUCUGCUGCGGAGGCCCGUCUGCGAUCAUACCUCUCUUCCAACGCAUCCGCCUCCUCCCGAGACAAGGCUGCUGCUUAUGACGAAGUUCUUAUUGCAUCUCAAGACGCCGCAGAUGCAACCAAACGUGCCACGGAUGAGCUGGAGAAGGAGCGUGUGGAUGAGGGUGACUCAAGAAUGCAAGAUCUGCGAGUCACGAGCCUCUCAGUCAAUUAUGAUUUGGUUUCAUGGCGAGUCGGGCGGAAUCGUGUUCUGAUUGGAGAGGAUGAUGGCUUGACAUUCGAGCCACAGCGCCAGAAGAAACCUAAACGAGCACGCAAGGACGGGACCGAGUAUCCUGAGCAGGAAGAGGGUAGGGGGAGGAAGCUCGCAAGACUCCGAGAACGUACUGUGCUCUACGAUGCCACGAUUCAAAGCAUCAACUCCGUCAAAGAACUUCGAGGAGCCAUGCGUGAUGCUACAUUUGUCGAAGAGCUGGAUGGAAAGGCCAACUACUUCCGCGCGCUGAAAUGUCUCAACAUUUCAUACUCGCACAGCCUGCUUGGAAAUCACCUCAACGCGCUCGCUCUCCUCACACGUGCACAAGAGCUGAUCUCCCAAUCGUCACCGUCAUCCGAGAAUGCAUCCGAGAAUGCGCCACCUACUCUGGACAUUCAGACGACGAGCGCACAACAUCUUCAAGCUCACACUGCCGCUCUAUCCUCUCGACUACACGCCAUUGUUGAGAUGCGUGCACUGGAAGCCAACUCCGCGAAAGCUGCCGCGAAGAAUAUGACAUCUGCCGCACCAUGGGUUCAGCGGUUGAAUGAUUACCCGACACCAGGCACACAGGUUGAUCUGAAGAAUUUGGUCACCUAUCCACCCAAGAUCGAGCCUGUUCCUGUGAAACCACUAUUCCUGGAUGUUGCGUUCAAUUACAUUGAAUAUCCCGGUCGUGCGGCUGAAGUUGUGAAAGCUGCCCCUCAAUCCGCACAAGUGAAUGGAGGUGUGGAAGAAAAGGUCGCUGCUGCACCGCAGAAGAAGGGGUGGUUUGGAUUUGGGAGGUGA